GCCGCCGCCGGGCCGCCGUGCCGGUGGAUGUCAAAGGCUGGCGCGGCGGCGGCGGCACAGUAUAACUCGUGGGGCUGCCGCGGCCAUGGCCACAGCCGCCUCCAACCCCUACGGCCUGCUGGGCGCCGGCGCGCUCGCCCACGCCGAGGGCGCGGGCAUGCAGCAGGGCAGCCCGUUCCGCAGCCCGCAGAAGCUGCUGCAGAGCGAGUACCUGCAGGGCGUCCCCGGCAAUGGGCACCCGCUGGGGCAUCACUGGGUGACCAGCCUGAGCGACGGCGCGCCCUGGCCCGCGGCGCUGGCGGGCGGCCCGCUGGAGCAGCCCGACGUGAAGCCGGGCCGCGAGGACCUGCAGCUGGGCGCCAUCAUCCACCACCGCUCGCCCCACGUCUCCCACCACUCGCCCCACGCCAACCACCCCAGCGCCUGGGGCGCCAGCCCGGCGCACAGCGCCUCGCUGGCCGCCCCCCCCGCCGCCGCCGCCGCCGCCGCCGGGCAGCCCCUGAGCGUGUACUCGCAGGGCGGGUUCGCGGUGGGCGGCAUGCUGGAGCACGGCGGGCUCACCCCGCCGCCCGCCGCCGCCGCCGGCCAGGGCUUGCACCCGGGGCUGCGCGGCGAGGCCGGCGGCGAGCACGGCGAGCUGGGCGGCCACCACUGCCAGGACCACUCGGACGAGGAGACGCCGACCUCGGACGAGCUGGAGCAGUUCGCCAAGCAGUUCAAGCAGCGCCGCAUCAAGCUGGGCUUCACCCAGGCCGACGUGGGGCUGGCGCUGGGCACCCUGUACGGGAACGUCUUCUCGCAGACCACCAUCUGCCGCUUCGAGGCCCUGCAGCUCAGCUUCAAGAACAUGUGCAAGCUGAAGCCGCUGCUGAACAAGUGGCUGGAGGAGGCCGACUCCUCCACCGGCAGCCCCACGAGCAUCGACAAGAUCGCGGCGCAGGGGAGGAAGAGGAAGAAGCGGACCUCCAUCGAGGUGAGUGUCAAGGGCGUGCUGGAGACGCACUUCCUCAAGUGCCCCAAGCCGGCCGCCCAGGAGAUCUCCUCGCUGGCGGACAGCCUGCAGCUGGAGAAGGAGGUGGUGCGGGUCUGGUUCUGCAACCGGCGGCAGAAGGAGAAGCGCAUGACCCCGCCGGGCGAGCAACCGCAGCACGACGUGUACUCGCACGGCGUGAAAACGGACACGGCCUGCCACGACCUCUGACCGCGGGCUGCGGCCACGGGACUGCCCGGCCCCGGGAGAGCGGCACCGGGACUGCCCGGCACCGGGAUUGCGCGGCCACGGGACAGCGGCACCGGGACAGCGACCCCGGGACUGCCCAGCUCCGGGACAGUGACCCCGGGACUGCCCGGCACCGGGAGUGCGACCGCCCGGCUCCGGGACUGCGACCCCGGGACUGCCCGCCGGGCUUUAACUUAUGGUUUCGGGAGACGCGGCGAGGGGUCCCCGCCCGCCGCCGCCUCGGCAAUAUUUUUUUUUUCCUCUCUCCGACCUUUCCGCUGAUCACACACGGUUGUUUACUCGCAGACAAGGUUUGUUUUCGGUUCUCCGCUAGGAUGAAGGAAAAAAAAAAAAAGACACAAAAAAAUCCCACCAACCAACCCCACCGCGAAAUAAAACCCAAAUAAAAAGGAAGAAAUAAAAAAAAAAAGGGAAAACCCACGGAAAAAUAGAAAACUAAAAAAAAAAAAAAAAAAAAAAAAAGAUAACGAAAAACCCGACAGAAAAGGAAAGACAGAUGUGUGCCUAUGAAUAACCUUCCAGCGCCUUGGUUAUAUCAGCUGUAUUUCAGGUGAAUCUGUUUUACAAUAGACUAGUUUUGCAUUUUUAAAAGACUUAUAUAGCGUUUUUAAAUGUCCUGAGGUGUUUUACUACAAACUGUACACAAUAUUUGUGACCUAAUUUGUAUCGAAUUGAGCAGUCCAAACGUUGCUCCCUUCCCCGAGCGCCGGCAGUGUCCCCCAGCGGGGCCGGGGCAGGGCGGCCGCGGCCCUUCCUCACCCCCAGCCCGAGGAGAUGGGGCUCGGAGCCCCGCACCGAUGUGAAGAACAGGCUUAUUUGUUACAGCUUUUUUUCUUCCUUUUCGAGAACUUCCCAACACCGUAAAACGGUCGGGUCGCAAAGCCUGACCUUCGCCCCCCACCACACACUUCUUCUCCCAAGGAAAAAAAAAUUUAUAUAUAUAUAUAAAAUAAUUAUUUCUAAGAAAUUUACCCGAAAUUAAGCAUCACAACCAAACCCGUGGCAAUUGCCAGUCUUUUUCUUUCCGAAGAUGAGUUUGGCUUUUUGAUCAGCGCCAGACUGAGAGGUCUGUAGUAAAACACCUUUAUCCUUCUGCGCUUUCGCUUCGGAAAUCGGUUUCUCUGUAUUUUGUUUCGAUAGUGAAGAGGAAUGAGGUGUCGGCGGGGAGGGAGGGAAGGGGACAGAAAACGCCCGCAUUUGGUUCACGCUGAGCUUCUUUCCGCGUCGCAGGGAGAUGCUGGAUUUGUGGAAAAGCUUUUCUAUUGGGGAGGGGAGAGGGGGGGGCGGGGAAGAAAAAAACAAAAACAAAACAGGGAGAAAAACAAAACAAAACAAAACAAAACAACAAACCCUGAACCACCAAAACAAAGUCACUAAAAUGCUAACAACGCCGUUUAUUUCGGGCGCAGGGAAGUGCCGAGCUGCCCCCCCCCUUGUCCCCCUAUCCCCCCCCUCCCCAACCCGCGGCUGUGUUGUCCCCAAGGGCGGGGGGGUGUCCGCGUGUCUGUGUGUCCGUCUGUCUGUCCG